UUGUGCCCAUAUUCGAUAUAUCACACAUUACGCCUCUCACUAACCUGUGAUAACGGUGUUUACUCGAAAGUAGUGUGGACGUUCAAAUGAAUUAAUCAUGAAUUUUAAACUACAUGUUCUGGUAUUAAGCAUCUUGUACUGUGUCCAGAGUUCCUACAGCGAUCGGCCUGUCACAGGGAAAGCCUUACCUCUAGAAAACAGCCGGCUAGGUAUCUAUGAUGGAACACCUACUACCAUCGAAAAACAUCCUUACUUGGUCUCAAUCCUGUCCAACAAAGUAUUCCUGUGUGCUUGUACCAUCGUCAGCCGCAGCUGGGUGGUCACCUUGGGCGACUGUGUUUCCGGACUGGACCCCAGCGAGUUGACAGUGGUGGCCGGCAGCGAUGACAGUUCGACUGGUACAAUAUACACUGUACAGACCGUGACUCUCCAUCCUCACUAUGGUGAAACUGUAUAUGACUACGACUAUGCCUGUGUUCAGAUUAAUGGAAGUUUCAAAUGGUCGAAUAAAGUCAGGCCCAUCAAACUGCCCAGGCGUGAGCCCAAGGUCAACGCCAAUUUGAUGGUUGCCGGAUGGGGUGAUACGAGUGAUGAAAGAGGAAAACAGUCAAACUCACAACUGAUGCAAGGUAAAAUGAAGUGGCUUGCCAAGAAAGUCUGCGAGGCGACAUGGGCGGACUAUGGUAUCACUUGGACAGAGCGGAUGGCAUGUGCCUACAACAAAGGGAAAACUACCCUUUGUAGUGGGGAUUGGGCUGACGCUUUUGUGAAGAAAGGGUUAUUCUACGGCAUGUUUGCUGCGGGGGGCGGAGGCUUCUGCUCUUCGUCCGCCAUCCCGGUCCUCAUAGCCGACAUCGUUCCAGCUGCCGCCUGGAUAAAGCAGACAACUGGAGCAACACUGGAGGAUUUAUAAAUCAACGUCCACUAUAGCUAAGUUACAAAAGAGAUUUGUUUUUAUUCAGGAGCUUUAUUGAAAGAUCAGUAAUAAAACAGUUAAUUUGAUUACGGUA